AUGGCUGGCUCUAAGGGAGCUGCCUUGCGUAGGUUACCCCGCCCCCGCGCGCGCAAGACUCCUAGUAUAGCUCUGGCGUACUCCGUCGUGUACGCGAUCCAUCACCGGCCCAGCUCUGAAGCUCGGCAGUUUGAUGCCGAACCUGGUUCACUGACUGCCCUUCAGGUGUUUCCUAGCUACGGACAAGAAGAAGACUGGGACGAGGUCAAGAAGAAGGCCCUCCAAAUUGGGGCUGAGAAGAUGAUAAUCGAAGACAUCUCUAGGCAGUUCGUCGAGCAAGUCGGGACUCGGGAGUACGUGCUGGCUUACUACACGAUCGACCCCUCCAUCAAAGGCAAGCUCCCUCAUUGGUCCAUUCUCCCAUUGCUCUCAAGGAAACACCCGUAUCUAAACAUGGAUCGCGUUUUAGUGAUCACCCCUUGGCGUCAAAAGGCCUUCUUCACCCGCUUCCAGGGCCGCAACGAUCUCCUGGACUACGCUGCCGAGAAGGGCAUCCCCGUCACUUCCACUAAGGCGAAGCCCUACUCGAUGGACGACAAUUGCUCCUACGAGGCCGGCAUGCUUGAGGACCCGAACGUGACUCCCCCGGAGGACAUGCCCCGGAUACCCCCCGUCGACAUCACCAUCCACUUCGACAAGGGUCUUCCUGUCAAGGUUGUAACUCCCCAGCAGACCGCCACCGACUCCCUUGAGCUCUUUAAGCUCCUCAACGCUCUUGGCAAGGAGCACGGUAUUGGUCGCAUUGAUAUUGUCGAGAACCGAUUUGUGGGCUUGAAAAGCCGCGGCUGCUGCACGAGCCCCCCCCCCCCCCCUUGUCGCGAAGAUCUAUACAUGACGAUCCUACGCCUUGCCCACAUCUCGAUCGAGGGCCUUGUUCUGGAUGGCCGUGUCUGCGUUCUGCGUGACAACCUGAGCAAGAGCUGGUCGGAGCUGCUCUACAACGGCAUGUAUUUCAGCCCUGAGAGGUCGUUCCUGCAGCCGUCUCUCGACUUGGCCCAGCAGCGUGUCAAUGGCGAGGUCCGGCUCCGGCUGUAUAAGGGCAACGCUUAUGUCCUCGGCCGCACCUCACAGGAGAAGCUCUAUUCCGAGGAGGAUGCGUCGGUGGGCUCGCUCACCACCUUCGGCCCGUCCGAGACGACUGAGUUCAUCACCAUCAACGCCAUCCGCCUCAAGAAGUACAGACUUCAGAUGGCCGAGGCUGGCAUAGAGCUUUAA